AUGGAGAUUCUUAUGACACCAUUUGCCAAGCCCAUUCCUAUUGAAAGUAAUUAUAUAGCACGUUUUAGAUGGGACAGAACUGUUGUAAAUCACUUCAUAAUAGAUAAGAAUGAAUUGAAUGACGGAUAUCUUACUGCACCAGGGAUUUCUACAUCUAUUGAAAAUGCUUUGCGACGCACGCUAAGUUUUGGAGGUGAAAUUAAUCUGUCUAGUUUGAUCAAUUGCAUCAUACAAUAUCCGCUUGAAGACUUUAGUGAUGUUCACGGUCUAAUAAAAUUCCCAAUAGCUCGAAAUAUCUCUGAUAAUCCUUCCACAGAAACGGUAAAGAAUUUGAGAACAGAUUUUCUAGUUUGGUUAAAUGGAAAGAUUUUGAUUUUUAAAGGAGAGGAUAAAAGGUACUAUGAAGAAUUCGCGUUAGCAGAGAAUGAGCUUACUUCAAAAAUGAAGAGUUGGAGUAUUUUGUCUUAUGGUAGAGUUCCAUAUAUUUUUGCGUAUGCAGCAGCAGGAAACGCCCUCAAAUUUUAUGCCAUUAAUCAAGAUCGGGAAUUGAGAUCAGUUUCUCAUCUAUUUGAUCUGUCUACCCAAAAGGACAGGCUUUUCACAAUUGUCAUUACUGUUAACAUUUAUCGUAUUUUACUUUCAUUUGUUGAUCUUAUCCCAGACUAUUCCAUAAAACUAUAUGAUGAACUUUCUCAUUCUCAUAACACAACCAUUUCUAUAUUAGAUGACUGUAUUGUCAAAACUAUUGGCAAGUAUUCAACUUUUAUGAACGACAACUUUUCCGUAAUGAAAAAUUUUUAUAAGGAUACAGCUCAUGUUGCAAAUCUCAUACAUGCACGUGAUUUAAAUGGUCGACCGAGUUAUCCGACUUUACAAGGAAACAGGUACAGAGUAAUUCUAUCACCUCUUGGAUAUUGUUAUGAACCUCAAAAUGAAAGUGAACUCAAAGAUGUCAUCAAGACAGUUCUCAAAGUUAUCAAUGAAAUCCAUAGUAUCGGAUAUGUUCAUAGAGAUAUACGUUGGCCGAACAUCCUUCGCCAACCAAAUGGAGAUUGGUUGGUAAUUGAUUUAGAAUAUGGAGGAAAGGCUGAUGAAGCGCCAAAUUUUGGACCAUUCAUUGAAUGGUCGCCAGAAGCAACGGCGAAUGAUGUAUACAAAACACAAUAUGAUAUUUAUCAGAUAGGAAGAUUGAUGGCAAGCAAAUUAUUCUUCAAGUCAGAGGAGUGUGUAGACUUACAAGAAAAGCUUCUUGCAACCUCAGAUCAAUAUUUUACAGGCAAAGAAGCUCUUAGUCAUAAAUGGUUCAAUUGCUGA